AUGCAUGAAAAGCCGGGGCAGCCUGGCUGCUUGCUUUGGCUCUGGAGUCAUGCGAAGCUUGCAGCGCUCCUGGCAGCAGCGCUUAGCUCACAGCGUCGCUCAACCUUGUCAACACAGGAACCUUUGCCAGCCACCAGCUGCUAUCCUAACACUGCCAUGCUUCGAAAAUCGUGGCUCCUGGCCAUCGGUGGCCUUGUUGGCGUGACUGGAAGCUACAUUGCUCCGAGAUACCAGAUUCUGGAUGCCAAGGCUGACAUCCGGGACCUCGACGUAGGAGACCUCGAUGACAUGGAGGUGGAUGUCCCCAAGUCCUUCGUGGAGCAUGUGAAGGAAGUGCGAGAACAAAGGAACAAACCGAAGAUUGAUUUCAAUUCGGAGGACUUCAAGCGAGACCCCGCAUCCUUCAUGACAUCAGGCAGCAGUGGUGUCAGCAUGGCCUUUGUGCAAUUGGACGUGAAGUGGGCCAUGGAGCAUGGCAAGCAUGAGACAACAAGCCUUGCUAGAAGCUGGACGAGCCUUCUGGAGAAUGGAGGAGUUUCGGCGCAGAUCUACGACACGGAUCCGGGCUCCAUCCUGAUCGUGAACAAGAUCCCAGCCCAGAACAUCAAGAUCAAAGAGUUCGUGCUCUCCCAGCCUCACCUAGACUAUUACGAGUUGAACCAGAAGCGCUUUUAUCCGGACGGGCGGAUGUCACCGCUCGUCACUGACGACGAGAGGAGAGAAAGGAUGGCCCGGAGCCCGGACGGAGCACAUGCCGUGAACCGCGCCCAGAAAAGCGCGGCCAAGGUCGCUGCGCACAGCGAGAGAUAUGAAGAGAGUGCCUGGAGGCAAAGGAAGGCGCGGGUGGCGGAGUUGGAGGCGCGGCUUCGGGAGCUGGAAGAGCUCCAAAGCUCCUCGGAGCUGCUGGAGCUCCGCGCCCUCGUGGAGGCCCAGGAGGCCGCUUUGGAGGACCAGCGCCGCAUCAUCGAGAGCCAGAGUGCUCUCAUCGAAGAUCUGAGCUCCCACUUGAAGGCCACCUCUUCGAACGAGGCCUCGCUUGGAAGCGCCGCCAAUGCCUCGGCGGCUGUGUCGGCUUCGAAAGAGCCGGCUCCAAGCCCAACCAGCCCUGAGCCCCAAGGUCCGGCAGGUCCAUCCGGUCCGUCCAAGCGCCGGAGCGGCAGCGGCUAUGGGCGUGGAACGAUGAGUGCUCCGGGCCUUCGAAAGCCUGUAAGUGCAUCCUCUGGAGGUGCCGGCGCUCCGGGGGGAAGGGAGAAAGCCGAAAAUCGGGGAAAGGAGAAUCAGAAGCGCUUCGGCUGCUCCUCUGGUAGCAUCAGCUCUGCCAGCAGUGGUGGCUUGGUUCGAGGGCCAUCCCCGCGAACGACACCUCGAAGUGCGAGCACAGGAGUCAGCAGACGUCUUUCGAGCCUCGCAGUAGAAGCGGUGCUGGUCGUCGAGGAUUUCGCGCCCGAGCAUGAUGCAGCGCAGACACAGCGGAGAGGGCGAGGAUACGCAAGCAGAGACAUGAUGCAGGCCAGCAAGGGCCCUUGGCAAGGAUCCUCGCCUUCCUUGGCCACAGCGUCAAGGCCCGAGCUCACAAGCUUCGCAUCUGUUUGUGCUUCAGAUGGCCGACAAAGGAGAGUUGCUGAGGCAUCAUCCGGUGCCAGCGCUGGUGCUGAGCUACUUCGGAUGCUCAAGGGAAAUGACUUCGACGGCACGGCUGCAGCUGCGCGGGCUGCUCCUGGUCCGUCUGCUCAGGGACACGACCAGGGCUACGAGGAGUACGACUCGAACUGGAGCUGGCAGGGCUGGCAGGGCUGGCAGGAUUGGCAGGGCUGGACAGAAUGGGAAGAUCCGUCGUGGAACGAGGUUGCGACGCGGCCAUGGGCCUUCGGCUCAGAGCGGCACAGUGGAGGUUACGAGCCGCAACGACCUCCAGAGCCUUUCUGCCGGGACUACGCGGCUUUUGACUUUGACGAGGCACAGCCAGAGUUUACAUUGGCAGACAUUGCGAACAGAACGAAGCUGUUUGCAGAGGCUUCAAAGACAAGCGUAAUGCAGGACGCGAGGUCAUGGCCUGCGACUUCGAUGCCCGGCCCAAGACCCAGCUACGAGAACGCGACUGACUCUGGCUUCCCGCCGUGCCAGACCACGUGGGAGGUCCACCCGAGCGCCCACUCAGACUCCUUUCGACCCACAUCCGCUACUCUCACCUCGAUCCCAGUGCCAGAGUCCCUGCAGAAUGCGGGCCUGAGCGGGCGUGAGUUGCACUCGCGGCGGGAGCUCCUUGAAAUGCGGCCCCGACCCUCAGAGGAGACAUGUCCUGGAAUGCCGUCAACGACGAUGGUGUUGCCAGCACAGGGCCAAAACAAAGCCGGAAGCCAGGUCCCUGCGACGCCUGCUGGCGCAACGCCCCGAGUCGAGGAGUCCCUGCCAUCAAGUUCCCAACACGAUUCACGCGGCUUCAGCAAGUGGUUCGGUCCCAAUGCAGCUUCGCCGCCAGAAAGCGCUUUCGCCACAAGCGUUGGUAUUCAUGAGGCUGGCUUCUCCACGGAUGCCGGAAGUGGUGUGGAGUCCAGCGAGGAGGAGGUGCAGAAGUGA